ACUCGGGCAAGAGCAGGGAGUUAGACCCGCGACAGCCGCGUUCAUCCCGCGACGGAGGGAAAGCUCCGCGGCUGGACCGCGCGAAUACACCAGCAACACGGCGCCCUUCGGCCUAUUGUGUCCUUUCCCUGCCUGAAGCGACCCGAACCAGACCACCGAGCAGGGCUUCCCUGAUGGGGAAACUGAGGCGCCAGGCGCCCACCUGGGCCCGCCCUCCUCCCUCGCCGUCCUACCCGAAGCGGAUCGCUGUCCAGUACUCUGGGCCCAGGGUACUGUUGCCGCGGCAACCGUGCCAAGGAGGAAGCGACUACACCUCCCGGCGUCCACAGCGCCCCGAGGGCCAAUGGCGCCUCAGAGCGCUGGAGGAACCGCUGGGUGCCGUCCACCAACGACUCCCGCCUCGGUCACUUCCGACUCUCGUCGGGGAAGUUCUAUGGCCACAAAGAGAAGGACAAAGCAACAAGGGCCGCACACUAGUGCUGCAGUACACAGUGAAGCAUGAGCAGAAGAUGGACUGCGGUGGCGGCUAUGUCAAGCUCUUCCCUGCUGACCUGGACCCUCGGACACUGAACUCGCAGUCUCCCUACUACAUCAUGUUUGGACCUGAUAUCUGUGGAUUUGAUUUCAAGAAAGUUCAUGUCAUUUUACAAUUCAAGAAUGAGUAUCACGCCAACAAGAAAACCAUCAAGUGUAAGGUGGACGGCUUCACACACCUCUACACGCUGAUCCUGCGGCCGGAUCUCACCUACGAGGUCAAGAUUGAUGGACAGUCCACCGAGCUGGGCAGCAUUGAGCACGACUGGCACCUGACAUCGCUCAGGAAGACGGCGGCGAUGGUGGUGGCGGCUGCUGCAGACACAGACCAGGGCAGAGCCAGGACAGCCCAGGACUGGAAGAAGCAUUUCCUGGACGCCAGGGCCAACAAGCCGAGCGAUUGGAACAGUGAGCUGGACAGGGACUGGCCGGGGCCCAUGCUGCAGAAGCCACCCUAUCAGGAUGGCCUGAAGCCAGAGGGAAUCAACCCGGACAUCUGGCUGCACGAGAAGAUGAGCAGCACUAGCUACCUGACUCAGUAUGACCUCUCAGAGUUCGAGAACAUUGGCGCCAUUGGGCUGGAGCUGUGGCAGGUUAGGUCGGGAACCAUCUUUGACAACUUCCUGCUCACAGAUGAUGAGGCGUAUGCAGAGAAUUUUGGGAAGGCCACCUGGGGCCAAACCAAGGGCCCAGAGAAGGAGAUGGAUGACAUCCUGAUCAAGGAGGAGCUGAUCAGAGCCCGCGAGGAGGAAGAGGAUGAGCUGCUGGAGGGCAGGGGCCACAAGCCUCAGGACGCCUUCCGCCCAUUUCACAGGCGGCAGGAGCUGUAGUCCGGCCUGCGGUAGGCAGAGGUGACUGGUAAAACCUCCAUUCUACAUCAGUCUACAAUUCAAAACUCGGUCUGUGUGUGCUAAUUUGUCCAGUGCCCUUGAAAAACGUCCCUCGGGGCCCGGUGUGAUGGGGCAGCAGUACUCAGGAGGCAGUGGCAGGGGGGUUCCCAUGAAUUGAAGCCCGCCAGAACUCAUAGUGAGACCCUGCCUCAGAAAAGGAAACAACACAAAAAAAGUUAAAACGUCUUCUGGCUCCUCAGUGGGGUAGGGCGAGUUUUCUUUCUCCUUCAAGCCUACAGCAGAAAGGUUCUCUCCAUAGGUCUAUGCAGCAGAGACACAGUGUUUUUUCUUAAUCCUUAACGUUCUGAAAAUAAAAGUCUGUAAAAUGCA